AUGUUUACAGCCUUGAAAUACCAUGCAAUAGACUAUUUAUAUGAGAAAAUGGCUAGACAGAGGUUUUCAUUUGAAUGCUUAUCAAUAAACAUCCCUUCCUGUUUAUACCAGGAUAAAAAUUAUUAUCAUGAGGGCAGCUUUGCUGAUGAUAAAUAUAGGAGGCCCUGGACAAGAGAUUUAUAUAUUGAAGAUGAACUUGUCUUUACGGACAAUUUGGCACAGUAUGCUAAGCAGCUUCCUAGCCUGCCUGCGCUUUUGAACCGAUUAAGCGUCUUCCAAGUGCAGGAUCCCCUUUUAAAUUCUAAAGGAGAAAAUAUCACAGAAGAAGACAUUUUCAGAAAUUGCUUUACUUUUGAGAUGAAAGUGAUGCCUCAAGCAAAGGAGAAAGAAGGAUAUGAAGAUUUUUGCACAAAUGACACUUCACUUUAUCCUGAGGAAUUGGAAGUACCACUGACUCCACCUUGCAGAUCAGAGAAGCAUACGAAUGUGCUGUAUGCAGAACUACAGUCAGAACCUAUUUCCCCUUUUAGUAAAAGUGUUUUGAUUACGGAAUCCACUAAACAGUCCUUAGAAGGCUCGGUGUGGCAAUCGGAGAAAUACCAAAAUCCUAUGAGUACUUUUUUGCUUGCAGCAGAGUCUGCUGUUGCUCCUGACACCAGUGGAACAGAGGAUCCUUUUGGGUCUCCUGUAUAUAGUGAAAACGCGUCUUUUGAAAAUAAUGCUAUGGAAGACAGCAUACAGAGUGAAACAGACAAGCUGGUGCAUUUUGGAAACCAAGCAGAGGAGAAAGGAGACCAGGUGCAACCAAUGAAUUGCCAAGUAGUGCCUGUUGAACCAAACAGGAUGCCAGGAGGCAGACAGACUGCACCCUUUGAACCACCUAGAAAACGUACUGAUGAUUUUGACCUUCUGAGCAGCUUUAUUAUGCUGAGAUCUAAACACCUUAAUACCCCAAGCGAAGAAACAAACAAUCUGGUGGAUGUUCAAGAUGAAGUUUUGGAUGCUAAGGAGGAGAGCCCAGUGUUUGAAAACCAAGGCAGUCCUGUUCUUGUUAACACUAAAGUUCUUUCCGAAAAGGAACCAAAGGAAAACGAAGUAGUCUUCAUUCAAAUUAAAGCGUCAGAAAGCCAGUUUCAGGCAUAUCAUAUCCUUGAAGCAACAGUGGCUCCUGUUUUAAAAGAGCUCACGAGUCUUGGCACGUAUAAUUGGAGAUUUGCCACCCUUAAUUUUGAUGACACCAGAUUUUUCUUAAAGCAGCAAGAGAAAGUGAUCAGUGAUACUUUAAAACAAGGAGCAAAGGAUAAGAAGGAUGUUACCUUAUUCAAACAUGCUGCUGUUCUGCAUUUGGUGGUAACAGUUCGAGACCUCUUAUUAACAUGCAGCUUGAAUACAGCAGUAGGCUAUUUGUCCAAGGCAAAAGACAGGUAUAAGGACUUUGUAGACUCUAGCCUGGAUAAUCUUUGCCGACAACUGACAAUUGUGCAUUUGGUCUGCCAGAAGAAACUUGAAGCCAAUCCCAAGACAACAGAGUUGCAACAUCAAAUUUUGAACUGGAUGCAGAGUAAGAAGAAUGAGAAAAAUAAGGUCGUCAUCGUGACAAGAAUGGAGGAUGGGGACGAAACAGCUGCCCUAAUCAAUGCCCUUGGUACAGUGCAAGGCCUGGAAGUUGCGUAUUUGAAUUCUGAGAAAAGAGGAGCUUUGCUAGAGAGCAAAAAUAUAAUAAGGAGACUGGAGAUAUGUUCCUGUUUGAUUGUAUAUGAUCAGUCUAUUGGACCUGAUUUUCCUUGGACUCGUUUUUCAUUAGUAGUGGAAUAUAACUAUUCCAAAAAUUCCUGCUGGAUUAAUCUUUGCAAAAAUAUGGACAUCUCUUACAUAACUUUCGUAACAGUUCUCCCAGAAACAGUUGGAAUCGAAGAGGUUUCUCCAGAUGAUUUUGGACAUAUCCUUCUUGAGGUGCAAAUUCCAUAUGUUUUUCUGACAUCUGAGGGAUUACUCAACACUCCAGAUAUCCUUUGGUUACUGGAAUCCAAGUACGAUAUAACAUUUAUUGAGAGAAGCUGCUGUGAGGCAUUACAGUUCUUUGGGAACACAGACCGUUAUGUUGUGAUAACGAUAGAUGAAUGCACGGCUGUCAUCAUGCAGAAUGUAGAAGAACUCAAUUAUGAAAAGUCCUCUGAUAAUGUUGUGUUAAGACUGGUGGUGCUGUCACUCCAAUACAGUUGCUGUUGGAUUAUUUUGUACUCUAGGGCAAGGUUAAAUUCUGAGUACAGCCUCGCUGGGAAGACUUUGCAUCACCUGGCCUUGAUUUAUGCAGCAUUGGUCCCAUUUUCCCAGAAGUCAGAAGACUUUGAAGUGAAGGUGGUUCUUACGCCAGGAAUUGAAGAGACGGCACGCCUAGUUCGUCAGAUUGCUGACUGCGUUCUGAUGACGUCUAAAAGACAUCCUCAGGAGUGGCUGGACAAAUCCUGGCUUUCUGUCUUGCCAUCAGAGGCAGAGAAAUGCUUGCUUACUUUUCCAUGCAUGAACCCACUUGUGGCUCAGCUCAUGUUAAAGAAGAGUUUGUCAUUGGAGUGGCUUCUGUCAGCAACUUUUGACCAGCUUCAGAAACUUCUGCCUGAAGUCCCAGAAAAAGUUUUAAAGCACUUUAGUGACAUCACAUCUUUGUACACUUUUAAUCCUCCAACUGAGCCAAAAUGUCAAAAUGGGAUUGUGAGCUGUCAAGAAAUGAUGAACUCGGACAUUGGCACCUGCUCUCCUGAAGUGGUGCUCUCCAGUGUUCAUGGACACAGUCCGUUUACUGAGAAUUCAGAUUAUUUGAAAGACGUGCAGAACUGCAGAAGCUAUUCCCCAGCUUACUACCAGAAAGAGUCUUGCAUCCCUCUGAAACCAAACGGGAGGCAUAGCGUAAUGGCACCUGUGGUGACCCAUCAAAGAGAAAUGUGUUAUUUUAAGGAGAUGGAUCAUAGUAGAAGGGCAAAGAGGCAACAGUAUCUUCCGUUUCUGAAAAAUGUGGAAGUAGAGAGAGAAGUAAGUUCGCCACUCUGCAGUUUUGGCAAAUCUACCUAUAAUAAUUUAGAAGCUGCAGUGCCAACUUCGAGGUGCAACCAAGCCAUCAACAUUUAUCCUGAUAAGCGUUCAACAAUGGAAAUGUGCCUUUCAAAAGUAAAAAUGGGCCCAAAUCUGGAUGUCCCAAUCUUGUUAAAGAACCCUCCCCGUCAAGACAUUAAAAGUGUAUUUGGGGUGAGAAAACAGCCUCUCGUGAAGCGGCAUAAAUCCUAUUCAGCUUCUAAGCAUUCUUGCUACCUUUCUUCCACGAGAGAAGAUUUUCCAUUCCAGCAGAACUUUGGCGGUUUUUUGGGAGAAUUUGGCGGGACAGCAUUUAACAGUCCAGAAUUUCAGUUUGAGGAAGGGUUCCGGGAUGACUAUCGAUCAGCACCAACAGUGGGUUCAUCUCUGCACGAUGCAAGUUUCUGUAAGGCAACAUCUAAUUCAAAAAGGCUUUUUAACAUGGACUUUCAAAUACCUGAAGAAUAUACCGGAAGAAAAAGACUCGAUUUAUUAUCAUCUUUGAACAGAAGAGAGCAAGAUGCUUCUGCAGGUUUAGAAUUCAACCAAUUACCACAGCUUAAAAAAAGACGUCUAACAUUUGAAAAAGAUCCUGGAAGAAGUGAUGGCCAAACGCGUCUUAAGUUCUUUUAAGUUGCUAUUUCUUUAAAGAAAAUACUCUUCCAAAAAGAGUAGCUUAAAAUUAGUUUUAUAAAUAAUUAUUUUAACUCGUAAUCAAUUUUAUAACCUAUCAAUUUUAAUUCAAGUUAGCUUUUAUUCUUAUAUGCACUGUUAUGUUGAGAUGAUAAGAAACAAAUUCAACAAAGUUUGGAGGAUUACUAGAAAAAAGGUGUUAUUGGAUGCAACACAUUAAAACACUAGCAUUUCUGUAACUUA